UCCAGCCACCCCAGAGACCACAAUGGCAGCCAGCACUCUGCCACACAGUGACCACGGCGACCACAGCAGGACUCCUGUCGCAACUGCGCCGACGACUACCACCCACACCACCCCCACAACUGGUGACACCACGGUCUCUCUCCUACGCACGCCAGCCACCGCAGACGGCGAGACCACGGCCACCGCCCAGCCACACGGCAACUGCAGCGAGCAGAACCGGACUGCUGCCACCGCUGCGCCGCUCCCGCCCCUCUGCGAGAUCCCACCACCUGAUGACCCUGACGUCUCUCGCUUGCGGACCCUUCCUGCAGACAUGAACAGCAGGGGGCUGCUCCAGUCAGCUACACGGGGGUCAAUGGAGGAAGUGCAGGUGCUGCUUGGGGCUGGUGCUGAUGUGGGGCACAGAGGAUGGACCAUGUGGACCGCUCUACAUUAUGCAGCGAAGCAGGGACAUGCUGAUAUUGUGAGGUGUCUGAUCGGGAAUGGGGCAGAAGUGGAUGCCAGGACCGACGUGAGGCAGACGCCUCUACAUUUGGCUGCAUGGAAAGGCCAUGCGGCAGUGGUGCGGCUGCUGGCGGCGUCCUCGGCCGACGUCGAUGCCAAGGAUCAGUGGGGUAGGACGCCUCUGCACUGGGCGGCACCCUACGGCAACGCAGAGGCGGCGAAGGCGCUGCUGGAAGCAGGGGCCGAUAGGGACGCCAAGGAGGACGCAGGGAACACUGCGCUGGACUUAGCAAGAGUGAACAAGCGACAAUGGAUGGUAGAAAUCCUAUCUAGCAUUCCAACAAACGACUGUGAUGUGAACUAAAUAAAGCUUUGAUACAUGAUUUUUCCUUCUCUUUAAAAUAAAAUAUGCAAA